AGAGCAGGAAGUGUAGAAAAAAAAAACAGCCGAGAGAAACCAGGAAGUGAAGCAGCCUGUGUGCAAAGUGAAAGUGGAGCGGAGAGGAUCGGCUGUAGUGUGUGGUUUUGCUCUGCUCAGCGCUGUGCUGCCGGCUGCCUCUCUUUCUGUUCCCCAACGCCCAGGCCGCCCCUCUCCCUGCCUCCGGACUUUGCCUUGUUGUCACAGAGGGGACAGACAGCAGCUACGUGCAGGAACCGGCCAGAACUGCGCGCUGGAUUGGAGCAGGGAAUGGAUGAGCAAUAGCUGUGGUCCGGCGGCAGCCAGGGACGAUCUGCCCCAGAGCGACGGCACGUGUGAUGCCUGCGAGCCGGACGAGGCGCAGCCAGCGGAACAACUCUGCCGUCUCUGCGGCUUCGCAUUCUGCGGUGUCCAUGCCAACCAGCACCAGCGCAGCAUGCAGCAUGUCCUCGAAGCCUAUGCCCCACCCAUGGUAGAUGGUGCCAACGUGGAGGCGGGGGCCAGCGGCGGGUCCCCAGAGGAUGGUCCCCCGGAAGGCGGAGGGAGGCACCGGGAUCCGGUGACGGUGGAACGCCUGCGAUGCAAGAUGCAUGGCCACGAAGGGUCGCUGUACUGCAAACCGGAUGAGAAGAUCAUCUGCGUGGUGUGUGCCGUGCAGGGCGAGCACCAAGACCACGAGAUCAUCACACUGCGGGAGGCUUACGUGUGGCAGAGGAGCAAGGCCGGAGUCGACCUGGUGGGCAGUACCCAUGAGAUGGCAGAGAAGAUCAAGUCCAAAUGGACCAGUCCAGAAAUGAGCACGGAGCAGCUGGAGGAGUAUGUGAACCAGCAGUUUGACGAGCUACACAGGCUGGUCCGACUGGAGGAGAAGCGGACGCUGCACCUGGUGGACCUGAAGGAGGCCUUCCUGACAGCGCAGGCCGCCGAGAAGAUCGCGGAGAUCACGGUGCACACGGAGCGGCUGCAGGAAGAGAUGGCCUCCAUCACUCAGCAGCUCGGGGCUCUGGAUCAGGCGGAGGGCGCCCAGGGAGCCGUGGCAGAUCCCCAGCCAAGGCCGAGACCGGAAGUCAGACAACAACCACCAGGGAACUUCGACGACGACAGGCCGGGUUCCUUCAUGGGACAUGCCCCGUGACCGCGAGCUGGGCCCCCUUUUCCCUACCUCGCCCUUAGCCGAGGACUCAGACCCGAGACCCUCCUGGAUGUCAUUGGGCUUGCUGGGAUUCUUUGUUCUUUUACUGGUGAAACUGAACUGCGUACAUGCAAAUAUCAGCAGGCUUAGUUUUUGGGUGGGGCAGGGUGUUCAUAUACAUACCACUGAAGGAGAAAGAAUAUAGAGUCUUCAGUAUUUUGUGAGACGUCUUUGUCUUAUAAGGUGUAAAUGUGUAAUAUUAAAAGCAAUCGUCUCCAAAUGAAAUCAAGCUGCACUAGAAAAUAUUUGUGACCUAAAGAAGGCCACAGAGCACCCCCCCCCAUUCAAUUUCUAACAGAAAACAUGGGGGAUUAGCCUUAAAUGUGUGUGACUUAGUUCAGUCCACAUCCCACCUGCUAUGGCUGUAAUUAUUUCCCAAGAACACAGCAUGGGAUCCCAGAAUCCUGCUGUCUCUUCUGAUAUAUCUGCCCUUCCAUCAGCCCUGGAUGUGUUACAGAUGACUGGAUACGGGGUCCAAAUCAGCCAAUUUAUCUGCUGUGGGGCUCAAGCCUAGCUUUACAUCCCAGCCGUAGUCUUGGGACGUUCCUCAUCGCUAACAUCCUUCCAGGUGGGCAGAAUUCACAUGCUUGCAUUCAUACUUCCACAUGAAGCUUGCACUUGGCAGGGGGGUGAAUUUUACUGUGGUUAUGAUGGUGUUAAUUACUGGGGUUUCCUCAUUCAGAACGACGUGAUUUUCUUGAUAUUUUAUUGAGCUAUAACUGGAGGCCAGUCUCCCCGAGGAUUAUUGGAGUUUUGCUUUUUUCCCAACAUGUCUGGUCACCGUGACUCCACUGUGUCACUGUGCCACUGAUUGUGUCCUCGGGGUGCGAUGCUGAGGUGUGUGUCUGCAGUUUGUUUUAUUGUUUUAAUGUUUAUCACUGUUGAAUCAAUGCCUUACCUUUUAUUUUGGUUCUUUUCGUGAUUUUCUAUUUUGAAAUGGCCGUAGAGGUGGUUAUUUUUAACACGGUUAAAUCUGAUCCCUGCGAAAUCUAAUAACUGUUUGACCUAUUUUGAAUGCAGCUCAGAAGCACAGCAUUAAUAUGUGACUUGAAUAUUAACGUUAUGAUUUGAAUAGCAGGCAUGAAAUCUUCUGUCAUUUCGGGGGGGGGGGGGGGGUUUGACAGCAACACUGUGUGUUGCCCGUAUUUUUGUGUUUAUGUCUUUGGAGAGUGUAACAAAAACGAAUCUCUGUACAUGUUUUCUAUGCAGCCAUAACUCAGUGUUUCCCAACCCGGUCCCUGGGGACCCCCAGACGGUUCGUGUUUUUGCUCCCUCCCAGUUCCCUGCCAGAGAGUCCACAUUUUUUCUCAUCGUUCCAUCACUGAGCAAAAACGUGGACUGUUUAGGGGUCCCAGGACCAGAUUGACAAACACUGGGCCAAGAAUGAAUGUAAAAAGUAAAUAAAGUUAAGGUAAACACA